AUGCCCGUCCCGCGGGCCGGCCAGGUCCUGAUACGCGUGGUCGUCAGCGGCUCCAACCCCAAGGACUUCAAGGCCCCGUUCUUCCAACCACCCCAAAACUUUGGCGACGACAUCGCGGGCUACGUCGAGUCCGUGGGGUCUGGCGUCUUCGAGUUCCGCCCGGGCGACCGCGUCGCCGCCUUCCACGAAAUGUUCACGCCUCACGGGUCCUUUGCCGAGUACGCCGUCGCCUACGCCCACACGACGUUCCAUCUCCCGCGUGAAGUACCCUUCGAGCAGGGCGCCACGGUGCCGCUCGCGGCCAUGACGGCCGCACUCGGCCUGUACCAGGACUUGGAGCUCCCGUACCCCUGGAUCACGGACGAGAGGCUGCCCGAGGCUGAAAGGCCCGCACUGGUCGUCUACGGCGCGGGGGCCGCGGUGGGCAGCUUCGCCGUCCAGCUCGCCCGGAAAAGCAAUCUCCACCCCAUCAUCUGCAUCGCCGGCCAGUCCAAGGACCACGUCGAGACGCUCAUCGACCGCUCCAAGGGCGACACCGUCAUCGACUACCGCUUGGGGCUUGAGGUCGUGGUGGCUGAGGUCAAGAAAGCCCUGGGCGGAAAGCCGUUGCUGCAUGCUUUCGAUGCCAUCGCCGGCAACGGCAGCGACAAGGUCCUUGGGUCCGUGCUCCCCUCCGCGAACGCGAAGCUGGCCUCGGUCGGGUUCAACGAUCGCACAAAGAUCCCGCGCACGCCCGGGAUGAGCAUCGAGGGCAUGACGCGACCAAAGAUGGACCCCGCCGUCUCAGAAGGGGUCGAGGCUUUCUGGACCGUCGUGGGCUCCGUGCACGGCUCCGACAAGCACUUUGGCUACAUCAUGUUUCGAUACAUGGCCCUCGGGCUUCACGAGGGCUGGUUUAAGCCGCACCCGCACGAGGUUAUCCCGGGUGGACUGGACGGUCUUGCCGACGGUCUGACGAGGCUUUCCAAGGGCCAGGCCCAUGCCGUCAAGUAUGUAUACCAGAUAGGCAAAGAUUCGUAA